CAAUGGCCGCGCUGCAGGGGCCCGGCAGGGGCUGGCCUGGGGCAUAAAACCCGGCCCAGGCUCCGGGCUCGGCUCAGCUCCGUGUCCGCCUGCAGCCACCAUGGUGCACUGGUCAGCCGAGGAGAAGCAGCUCAUCACCAGCGUGUGGGCCAAGGUCAGCGUGGAGGAAUGCGGCGCCGAGGCCCUGGCCAGGCUGCUGAUCGUCUACCCCUGGACCCAGAGGUUCUUCUCUGACUUCGGGAACCUGUCCAGCCCCACGGCCAUCAUCGGCAACCCCAAGGUGCGUGCCCAUGGCAAGAAGGUGCUCACCUCCUUCGGGGAGGCCAUCAAGAACCUGGACAACCUCAAGGGCACCUACUCCAAGCUGUCCGAGCUGCACUGUGACAAGCUGCACGUGGACCCCGAGAACUUCAGGCUCCUUGGGGACAUCCUCGUCAUUGUCCUGGCGUCCCACUUGGGCAGGGAUUUCACCCCUCUGUGCCAGGCUGCCUGGCAGAAGCUCGUGGGUGUGGUGGCCCACGCUCUGGCCCACAAGUACCACUGACCAUCCUGGGGAGAGCAGGAGCCCCGGGCCAGCGCCAGCCCCACGGGGAGCCCCUGACCCUGAUAAACCCUCUGAUAAACCCUCUGAUAAACCCUCUGAUAAACCCUCCAAUGAACCCUCCAAUGAACCCUCCAAUGAACCCAUCCGUCAGCUCCCGUGCAGUGUCCGUGUGUCCGUGCUGGGCAGGGAGGGGCUGGGCUGGCCUGGGAGCUCGGGGUCACCCACCAGUGACCCCUGGGCUGGGGGCUGGGACAGCCCAGGAUCCCCAAACCCUGCGGGGCUGGGGCAGCCCAGGGCUCCCCAG